AUGGGUGCGCGGCUGAUAGACGUGUACAGCGCUGUGGGGGACUUGGGGCAGCUGCAGGCGUUCCUAAAGGCCAAUCCUCUCAGCCAAUCAGCUGAAGCCGCCACGUCAGCGUGCCUGCACUUCCAGCAGGACCUGACAUCAGCUCUCUCCCUGGCUUCCUUCGACCCGCUCCUCCUCACCCCCAACGACCCCACUGCUGGAGGCACGGAGCUGCUUCUGGAUGGGCUAGAAUCUGCCAAGUCAGCGCUGGGGCGGCCUCUGUUGUCUCUAUCCGCAGAGGGCUAUCCCACAAACCCAGCAGCAGCCAUCCCACUGGCGCUAUCAGCACUGGAGUGCACUCUCCUGCACGACACACUGGAACAGCAUAGCACACGGGAGCAGUGCAAGUCUCUGCAACAGGGCAGGGAUGGGAAUCACCAGACCCAUUUACACAACCUGUUCGGUUCUGGUGGGUUGGGAGGAGAAUCUUCUUCUCUUGCCAGCUGUCGCGAUUCCAUAGGCUCCCUGCUGUGGGAGCUGCCCUCUUGGCUGGGGGUUCUUCGAGCCUGCCAUGUUGCCCAGCCACGGCAUGCCGAGGCUGCCUCGGUGCUUCGGCUGCAUCUGGCUCGGCAGGCCAGACUCGGUGGGAACCUGCGGCUGGCGAGCCGGCUGCUGUCCGGUUCGGUGACAGCUUCGGCAGAGCAGCAGCAGGUUCGGCGAGAAGAGGUGAAAGGGGAGCUGGGGAUGUGGAGAGCGAUAGAGGUGUGUGAGGUGGCGCAUGCUGAUGAGCGGUGCCUGGAUGCUGUGAAAGGCAUGUGGUCCGUGUGUGGUCCAGUUAUGGUUGACAUGGCAUCUGCUGCAGCAGCACAUAUAGGAGCAGAUGCAUCAGCAUCUCCUGCAGUGCAUGUUUUGAGACGUCUCAAAACAUCUCCUGCAGUGCAUCUUUCUCCUCACUGCAAUCCUCUUGCCGCCCACGCGUGUCUCAAGCUCGCCAGCUGGCUGCUUCCCAUUGGCUCCUUCAGCCAUGGGUUUGGGAGCACUUCAGGAGGACAGCUGGCAGCCUUGGAUUGGCUCUUGGCCAGCACGGCGAAUGGGUCUUCUUUGGUUCUCCCCCCUCCGUUAGUGUCACAUGGGGUACUGUCACAGCAGCAUGCUGCAUCCAUGGCCGCAGGAUCCUCUUUCAAAGUUUCAAUCCGAGCCGUCCAUUCCAUUCAACCCAAUCUGAUUCAGGAAUCAGAUUCAACCGCCCUGUUCAACCCUACUAGACAAACGUAUCCCACAGGGCAAUCCAAUCCUGAAAAACUGGGUGUUUUGUCUGUAGCAGGGGCGGCGGUGUGGGCGGCAGUGGGAGCAUGCGGCGAGAUGCCGCAAGCGUGGCUGGCAUACGCCCAGUGGCUGGACUGCAUGGCUGACACACGCAUGCCCCGCCAUGCUGGCACGCUUGGUGCUGACGUGGCGCAAGGCGACGGCACAGGAGGGGAAGGAGAGGGGAGAAGGGAGAAUGAGGAGGAGGAGCAGGAGGUGGAGGUGGAUGUGGUAGCAGCGCUGCCUGCUUCCUUGGAUGAUGAUUACAGUACCGAUGCUGCUGGUGCUCCUGCUGGUACAACCGGCAUGGGUGCAUUGAGCUCUGAGCAGGGUGCCAUCUCUCCACCAUCGUUUCAGUUACCGGACACUCUGUCGCUCUCUCCUGCGCUCUCUCCUCUUGGGGCCGGUUUCGGUGCAACUACUGCAGCACCUGCUGUUGCUGAAACAGCUGCGGCUGCCAGUGGAGAGGUGCAUGCUACAACCCCUCCAUCCCCACCAGGCCAUCCAACCCUGCCCUCCCACACUCCUCCCCAGCCUCCCUCCGACUCCCCCUCUCGUUUCAAAUCCAUGGGACUGAAAGCAUUUCAUGCGGGCGGCAAGGGAGGGGUUGUGGGUGAAGUAGAGGCGGGUGGGUUGGACAGUGGGCUGGAGGUGCGGUGCGUGGGAGGUGUGUCAGGGGCGAGUGAUCAAGUGGAGGAGUGCUUGCAGCAGGAGCUGACUGCGGUGCUGACAGCCGUGUUGGGAGGAGGAGAGCAGAUGAGUCAUUUUGUCGGCGAGGUGGACAGUGGGGACGGUGCUGGUGGCAGUGCUGCUGUGGCUGAUGUGUCAGCAGCAGCAGCACCAGCAGCAGCAGCAGCAGCAGCAGUGGCAGCAGCAGUGUAUCAGCUGCUCGGCACCUGGCGCGCCGCCCGUUUCCGGGCGCUGUCAACGCGACACCUGGCAGCCCGCGCGUACAUGCGGUUCCUGCAGCUGGUUGGAUCAUGCGUUGGGGACGGAGGGAGAUGUGGGGGGAGGGUUGGUGGUGGAGGAGGGGAUGUUGGGAGGUGUGGGGAGGAGACUGGCAGAAGGAAGAGCAGGACGAGGAGCAAGGGGAGUGCUAGUGGCGCAAGGGAGCUGGGCAAGGGAGAUUCCAGGAUGUGCGAUAGGGAGGGAUUCUCUGAGGGGUGCUCGGGGAGUGUACCGGGGCUGGAGCGGCAGGAGCGGGGUCAGAAGGGGUGGGAGGCUGUUGGGAUGGGUGGGGCGAAGCAGAGUGGGUGGGAGGGGAGGAUGGAAGAGGGCACUGGUUCGUGUGGGGCUGUUGUGGCUGGGGGGAGUGCGGUGCUGACAUGUGUCGCGAUGCGAGUGGUGGAUAUUCUCAUGCAGCACGGCUCGCACAUGCCGCCUGUGGUUGCCGCCCCUGUGGAUGUCGGGUGCCCACACGCCUGGCAGCCAGUUCUCCCCCAACUCCUCGCGGCGAUAUCGGCGCAGCGCAGCGCGUCAGUGAGGCUACAGCUGACACGUGUCCUGCUCUCAUUGGCCAGCGCCGCCCCGUCCCUGGUGGUGUACCCGCUGUGUGCGGCUGAGAAGCACCGCCUGCAGCACCUCAGCCUCGCGCUCGCCUCCCUGCCUGCUGGCCUUCCUCCUGCCGCCGCCCCUCCUACUCCUGCCGCCCCUCCUCCUACUCCUGCCGCCCCUCAUCCUACUCCAGCCGCCCCUCUUCCUACUCCUCCUGCCGCCGCUCUUCCUACUCCUCCUGCCGCCUCUCGCGCCACCCCUUCUGCUCCUCCACCUCCCUUGGCCGGUUUGGCCGGUUCUGCACGUGCUGCUGCUGCCCCAUCGUCCGUCGAUGCUGCUCAUUCAUCAGACCCUGUUGAUGACGUGGCAGCUGACCUGGCAUGGCACGUGGCGCUGUCUCAAGCCACACCGGGAUGGCAUCAGCUGCGAGCCGCUCUCUCCUUCCUGGUACUCGUUUGGAGACCUGCUCCCUUCCACCCUUCCUCCUGCCCUUCCUCCUACCCUUCCUCCUGCCCUUCCUCCGACCCUUCCUCAUGCCCCUUCCGUCCCGUGUCUCUCUAUCUCCAAAACCCCAUUCCCAAUAUUGAUAAAUCUCAAUGUUUUCCCAUUCCCAACCGUUCCACCUAA